GCGAACGAGCACGAGACUAUGGAAGUGUUGAUAGGAAACGAUCCAACUGAGCUCGUUGGUUGUUACCUUGACACGGCUUUUGUGACAGCGCGAUGUGAAAGACAGCUGAAAGAGAUACCUACCGAGCGUUGCACUUUAGCGUCAUUCUGGUUGAGUUACUUGUAAGGACGGAGAGUACAUUUAUUAUCUGUGCAUUUUCGGCGCAUUUCUUAAAUCUAUAGUGAAACGCUGCCUGGCGCCAUGGGAACCGGAAUGAGUAAGGUCCUCCCUGGUCUCUAUCUUGGCAAUAUUAGAGAUUCAGAGAAUCAGGACAGUUUGUCAAAGAAUGGCUUGACGCACAUUUUAUCAGUAUACACCAAUGCAAAACCAGUACUUCAGAACAUGACUUAUCUUUGUAUACAAGCAUCAGAUUCUUCCAGCCAGAAUUUGAUACAGCAUUUCAAAGAAUGUAUUAGUUUUAUUCAUGAAAGUCGACUUAAUGGUGGUGGCUGCCUUGUUCACUGUCUGGCAGGUGUUUCCCGUAGUACCACUUUGGUUGUGGCUUACCUUAUGACAGUAACUAACCUGGGCUGGGAAGAUUGCUUGUGUGCAGUGAAGGCUGUUCGCUCCUUUGUUGGGCCCAACUUUGGUUUCCAGCAGCAACUGCAGGAAUUUCAUAUGUCUCUUGUCUCAGAGUAUCGACUGUGGCUUCAGACAAAAUAUGGUCACAACCCUUUUAAUGACCAGGAGGAAGUUGAGAAGUUACUGCAACAGUAUGAGGAACAGCAGCAAAGUAGAAACAGUGAGCAAAACUGGACAAACCAGGUUACAACAGUGUACCCACUGCCUUAUAAUGCAUACAGAACCGGCAACACCAACUGGCUAAAUAGAUAAAGCCCUUUAUUAGGAGAGAGUAAAUAUUUUGGUUAAACACUUGGAAUACAGCUUUUGAGUAUGAAGUUGAAGUAAACCUGUUAAAGUAACUUGCGAACAUUGAAUUCUGAAACCAAAAGACUCUUGGUCUGAAGAUGAUGAAGAACAUAGCUUCAACUUUUAGGAUGAAUUGAUCUAUUCAUGUGCAAAAGGUUGUUCCUCAAUGGAUAGGUUUCACUUGCAUUAUGACAAGAAUAUUUCUGUAAGAGAUAGCUGGGUGAAAAAUGUACAUGAUGUGUUGAUCCAGAUUAAUAAAUGCUGACCUUAUUGUUUUAUUUUUAACCAUAAUUUCUAAAACCAAUUGAGUGAUUUAGUGAACCUAAACCCCCAAUCCCUUUGUAUACAAGGUGAAAAUGUACCCUGAUUAAUUGGUAAUAGAUAAAUCAUUAUGAUUACAGUAUUUUCUAAUUUAAUAGGGAAAUUUAACUUCUACCUCUAGGUCUUAUCUCUACAGUAUUACAGUCAGUUUUAGUGAAUUAUUACCCAAAUUAUUUUUACACAUGGAUUGAUACAAGUUGUUUUCGAGAAGAUCAUUUUGAUUUGUUGCCUAAUAACUACAGCUGCACAAUUUGAAUGGAGUGUCAUUUUUGUAAGAUACUCCACAGUGUCUGUGCCUUAAAUCAUCCAGCUGUGGCGUAUAGACAACAAAUCCAACACUGUGACUGCAGCUGCAAAAUAUUUUACAUUUAACUGUUUAUAUCCAAAGAACGAAAUUUACUUCAGGGGAAGGAAUGUUACAACUGCACUUAAAAUCUCGGCUGGUAACGGUGCUGAUUUUAGUCACUGGAACAGCACACAUGCAUUUAGUUUAAUUGAAGUUAUUUCUAAUUACAUUUGUAUAAUGCUUAGUAAGUACUUCAUUCUUUAACAAAGCCAUACCUACUGUAAUUGUUGGUAAUAAAUUCAUUUUAACCUAACAAAGUCAAGUUUUGUUUAGCAUAGAAGGUUUGUCUGCAUGUUUCUUUAUAUUUUGAAUAAGUACUGGAAUAUGUGCAAAUAUGAAAUGUUUACAGUGCCACUGUUCUUUAUCAUAAAUAAAUGAACUUCAGUGAUCCAUGUC